UAAAAAUUCAUUAAUCCUCUUAGAUUCUUGGGGUAAUUGUUAGCUAAAAUGAAAGGAUAAAAAGGUGAAGAAUACCUUUCUUUGGUCAAUAUUUUAGAAACAUUUCUUCGAACUUAGGUCAGGAAUGACGUCUGCUUCCUAAUGUCCAGGUACCUAAACCCCAAAAAGCUAUAAUUCGGGAAUUAGAAUAAUGUUUAUCCGGUCUAAAAGUGCAUAGACCGCCAUGACUACUAUAAAUAGCAAUCUCAGUAUUGCUGAUUCAAUCAUUCAAACUCAAAACACAGAUUUUUUAGAAUCUUAACAGGUUUUCCGACAUAAACCCAAUUCAGUUACUCCUAUUUCUUUCUUUCUCCUUGAUUCAUAAAUAUCAUCGUUUCUGUCUUACGCAAUCUUGAUUGAAAACCUGAACAUGGAAGCUCUUCAAUAUACUUCUUAUGGUGGUGGUGUCGCUGGCUUAAAGGUAAUUCAUUUCCUAACUUUUUUCCCCCAUGAUCAUUGUCCCUAAUUCAAUUGAUCCUUUCCUUUUGGGGAAGUUAAAUUUCGUAGCGAUUUUCAUAAUGUACGAAUGUAUAAUGAUAGAUCAAUUUCUGAUGUUCAUGGAAACUCUGUUUUAAAACAGCAUGUUAAAGUUCCGAUUCCAGAGCCAAAACAGGAUGAAUUACUUGUCAGAGUGGAGGCAGUAAGUUUGAAUCCAUUCGAUUGGAAAAUUCAAAAGGGCAUGCUUCGCCCCAUAAUGCCUAGCAAGUUCCCUCACAUCCCUUGCACUGAUGUUGCCGGAGAGGUAGUUAAAGUUGGUUCUGCUACAAAAGGUUUCAAGCCUGGUGACAAAGUCGUAGCCAUGCUCAGCCCCCUUAAUGGUGGUGGGCUGGCAGAGUAUGCUGCGGUAAAGGCCAACACGACAGUUCACCGGCCAGACGAGGUUCCGGCAGCCGAAGCCUCGGUGUUGGCAACUACCGGAAUGACAGCCUACCAGGCCCUGAGAAGAGUCGGCGGGCUAACCAGCCGCCCUAUUAGAAACAUUCUGAUCACGGCGGCCUCAGGCGGUGUGGGCAUUAUGGCAGUUCAACUUGCAAAACUAUUGGCUCCCAACUCUCAUUUGACCGUAACUUGUGGUGCCCGGAACUUCGAGUUCAUGAGGAGCUUAGGAGCUGAUGAGCUUCUCGAUUACAGAACUCCAGAAGGGGCUUCUCUGAAGAGCCCAUCUGGGAAGAAAUACGACUUGAUCAUCGAUGCUGCUUCAGGGAUUCCAUGGUCGACAUUUGCGCCGAACAUGAGUGAAGAUUCGAAGGUUGUGUACUUGACUCCCAAUCUCAACUCAUUGUUGUCUGUUAUAAUCAGAAAGUUGACAUUCUCCAAGAAGAAGGCAGCCUUAUUGUUCACAUCUCAGAACAAGGAGGAUUUGGAUUUUCUGGUUCAUUUGGUUAAGGAAGGGAAGCUCAAGGUGAAGAUUGACUCCAAAUACCCUCUCACCAAGGCUGAUGAUGCUUGGGCUAAAUGCAUUGAUGGUCAUGCCACCGGAAAGAUCAUUGUUGAGCCCUGGAAUUAAUUGAAAAUACAUUGUACUAUAGUUUACUGUGGUUUAUACAAAAUUUCGUAGUGAUUUAUUUUUUCUGUUCUUUUUCUUUUGGAAGAUUGGAUUAACGUGUGAAUGGUGAGAUUUGAAUACAAUAUAAAAAUGUCUUCUAUUGUGAGUAAUUGGUGUCAUGUCACGGUAUCUUUUUUUUUUUUUUGGUCAUGUCACG